AUGUGGGCCAACGUGUACUCUGGUGAGCAAUUAGGUGAGCGUCAGACUGUAUUCAACCCCAACAGCAUUCGCCGUAAGAAAAACUAUGAAGUCAUUCAACUUGGCCCAAAGAAUAUUGCAAACACUGCAAGUGAAACCGACCAAGAACCCGAACAUAGCGUUUCACUGCCCUACGGUAGUGAAGAUAGUGCAACAGUACAACUCACUGCUCAUCUACGGCACAUCACUGUACGGUUUGGUCCAGCUCGGCUCCUUCACUUGAAGAAACUUGGCGGAGAACGCAGAGCAUGUAUACAGAUGAUCAGGGCCAGUCCAUAG